AGUCGUUGAGUGUCACUGUCACACUUAUCCUUUGAGACAAGGUUUGAUUGCAGGUCAGAGGUUGAAACCUCUGUAUCUGCACUAAAAUCCAAAGGACUAGUGUAAGAGUAAGAGUAAGAGUAGGUAAGCAGUUCACGAUUAACCAUCCUUGACGCAGCCAGCCGGAGAAACCGCUGCUCUAAGAACCAUUCAUGCCCAUCGCGAUACAUCAUAUUAUUCGUCCAAUUGUCAGUUCUGUAAAUUUUUUAGUACCCCAUAACUUUGCAGAGCAGCUGCACUAAUCAAAUUGCCCUGAACAGUAAUAUUUGCUUCAUAUUAUUGGUUUCAAGAAAUUCAGGACAAGUCAACCUGGUCCGAUCAUGAAAAUAACUGCUAGUAUUACCUAUUACUACUUUUUCUGCUUUUUGUUGGUCAUAUUGCUGAUUUCUGCAAAAGCCUUUGCUGAAGAAGGCAAUGGAAAUGCAGAACAACCAGCAGAAGUCAAAAAAUCAGAUUUCCCAGAUGGGUUUCUCUUUGGUGUUUCCACUUCUUCAUACCAGAUUGAGGGUGCAAUUCUUGAUGAUGAUAAGAGUCUUAGUAACUGGGAUGUUUUUGUCCGCAAACGAGGUAGUGUAAAUAAUGGCGACACUGCAGAUAUAGCUGCUGACCAUUACCAUCGUUAUUUGGAGGACAUCGAGAUAAUCCAUUCUCUUGGUGUGGAUGCUUACCGGUUCUCCAUUUCUUGGGCCAGAAUUUUGCCUAGAGGGAAGUUAGGUGAUGUUAACCCUGCUGGAAUCAUGUUUUACAACAAAAUCAUUGAUAAUCUAUUAAUCAGAGGAAUUAAGCCGUUCGUGACAAUUCACCAUUACGAUUUUCCCCAAGAACUUUUGGACAGAUACGGGGGCUGGCUAAGUCCUUUUAUGCAGGAUGAUUAUGCCCAUUUUGCUGAAACAUGUUUCAAGUACUUUGGUGAUCGCGUGAGGUAUUGGAUCACAAUGAAUGAAGCAAAUUUGCUUUCUGAAUUAGCCUAUGAAAAGGGAAUAUACCCUCCAGGUCGUUGCUCACCUCCUUUUGGCAAUUGUUCUGCUGGAAAUUCAGAUAUUGAGCCACUCAUUGCAAUGCACAAUAUGUUACUGGCACAUUCCAAGGCUGUUAAACUCUACCGUGAGCAGUUUCAGCACAAACAAGGUGGCAUGAUGGGAGUUGCAGUGAGUGCAAUGAUGUAUGAACCAUUGAGUGAUGAUGAGCUUGACAAGGAAGCUGCAAAUAGGGCAUUGGCUUUUUCUUUGGCUUGGGGUUUGGAUCCUCUGGUAUAUGGUGAUUAUCCUCCAGAAAUGCGUCGCUACCACGGGAAAGAAUUACCGACAUUCACUUCAGAGGAAAAACAACUCUUAAGCAAUAGUACGGACUUCAUAGGGCUUAACCACUAUGCAACUGUAUAUGCCAAGGACUGCAUCUAUUCUAAUUGUAUGUGCUCUAAUAGUACCUGUUUACCGGGUGAAAACCGUGCAAUCAAAGGCUUUGUGUCUACUAUUACAGAACGAGAUGGUGUUCCGAUUGGGGAACCGACAGGGAUGUUUCAAACUUUUAUUGUUCCAAGAGGCAUUAAAGAGAUUGUGGACUAUGCUAAGAAGCGAUACCCUGACAAGCCUGUUUUCAUCGUGGAGAAUGGUUAUUGUCCACCGUGGGAACAUGGUGAAGUUGAUGACUUGCGGCAUGAUACCAAGCGAGUUGAAUAUCAUAAAGCAUAUAUUGCAUCUUUGGCUCAAGCUAUAAGGGAUGGAGCUGACGUACGGGGCUAUUUCAUUUGGACCUUGAUGGAUGCCUUUGAGUGGUCCAGUGGUUAUGAUCUCAAAUUUGGACUUUAUUCUUUAGACCGCGUAACCUUGAAUCGCAUUCCAAGACUGUCUGCCAAGUGGUACAGAGAUUUCCUGAGGAAGACUAGCCUUAAAGAUCUGGAGUCAAGAAGUGCAAUUCCUGCUAUUAAUCAAGAUGGUCUGGUACCCAAUGUAAAGGAUGGUAGUGCAGAAAUGGCUUGAUUACUGAUAUAAAACUAUCUUUCUAGUGUUUAUACUUUCACCUUUGAUGUCACCAUAGCAGUCAUUUGUUCUUCUUGUUCUAUGGUUUGAUUGAAGGUCAUUAUGCCUGUAUUUGAUUGACUCGUGUCAUGUGCCCAGUCUUAUGUCUUGCACAUGAAAAAAACGUGAUCAUGUAAGGUUAAAUUGAAUCCUUGGUCAUCUGCUAAAUGGUAUAAAUAUUUCCUGAC